AUGGACUACGUGCUUCUGCAUUCGACAUCGGCUGCUCUCUUCGAAACCCAGCGGUACGAGGAUGUGAUUGCGUUGCACCGACUGAUUGUGCCGUCUGCACCAGCUGACGCCAUUGCUGAUCAACUUCACUACCUCACGGCCGCGUCUUAUG